AUGGCUUAUAAUGGUACACAAACUUCAUUGAUUUUAUUUGUUUUUAAUGAAACAAUUAAAAAUAAUGAUUACAAUCGAUUCAAUUGUUCGAUUAAUCCAACAGUAGCAGUUUUAAUUUCAUUUCAUAUUGGUCGUAUAUUAUCUAUACUUUGUAUUAUAUUUGGUAUCAUUGGAAAUCUUACACUUAUUUUAAUUAUUUUUCGUUCAUCAUUUUAUUAUUUUUCAUAUGGUUUAAUUCUUUUAUUUAUUUCAACAUUUGAUAUAAUUCGUCUUAUAUCAACUAUUUUUUAUUAUUUAAUUCAAGCUAAUAUAAUUUCAUUAAAUUUAAUAACUUUAACAAUUUAUAUAACAUUAUAUCGUUAUCCAAAAAUUAUUACAAAUUGGUUAAAAGUAUUUUUAGCUAUUGAAAGAUUUAUUGCUGUUAAAUAUUGGGUUGCACAUCGUUAUAAUAUUAAUUCAAAUAAUUCAAAAAGAAUUCAUCGUACACGACAAAGAAAAAUUUUAUUAUUAAUUCUUAUUUUAUUUCUAUGUUGUUUAAUAAGUCAACAUCCAAAUUUAAUUCCAUCUCGUUAUAUAUCGACACGUAUUUGUUUAACUCGUUUACUUAUUAUUAGUACACCAAAUCCAUAUUUUUAUUAUGGUAAUUAUGUAUUUAAUGGUUUCUUAUACUCUCUAAUUAGUUAUAUUAUUCUUGAUGACGUCUUACCAAUAAUGACAUUAAUUAUAUUUAACACAAUUCUUCUAUAUGAAUUAAGACGUCUACCAGCAUUAACAAGUAAAAAAUUAGCUGAAUCAAUAUUUAUUCUUUUCUUUCUAACAAUAUUUUCAAUAUUUAUUCUACCAAGAUCAUUUCUUGUUAUUAUUAAUCUAUAUGUUGAUCAAAAAUAUUUUAAUGAUACAAUUAUGUCAGUAGUAUUUCAUACAUGUCAAGGUCUUGAAAUGUUUAAUCACGUAAUAACUGGUUAUGCUUGUUUUUUAAGUUGUCGUCAUUUACGUAAAAAUUUAAUUCAGAAUAUUGGAAUUUUAUUUGUAAAAUUUCGACAAAAACGUAAUUCAUUGAAAUCAACUACAAUCGAACUAGCUACGAUAUCUGAAAAAUAA